AUGGGAUCAAACCAACGUGUGCGCGAACGUGGUGAAGUGAUACCUUGUGCGAACAGGAUGGCGAAAAUGACCGUGGGCAAGAUGGACGCGUUUGACCGGCACAAGGACAAUUGGGCGACUUAUAUAGACAGGCUGGAGCAGUUUAAAAAUGUGUUCUCGGAGGGCCUGGGGAGGUACAACGGCGGGCUAGUGUCACUGCGAGUGCGGGAGGACGCGCGGCCCGUGUUCCUGCGCGCGCGCCCGCUGGCGUACGCGCUGCGCGAGCCGGUGGAGCGCGAGCUGGAGCGGCUGGAGCGCGACGGCGUCAUCACGCCCGUGGAGACCUCCGACUGGGCGACACCUAUCGUACCGGUGGUCAAGUCUGACGGAACUAUACGCAUCUGCGGAGAUUACAAGAUAAGUCUUAAUAAACAUUUAGAUGUGGACCGUUUUCCUUUGCCUAGGGUCGAGGAUUUGUUUACUAAAUUGCAUGGAGGUCAAAGAUUUAGCAAAAUUGACCUAUCUCAAGCUUAUGCACAAUUGGUGCUAGAUGAUACUGCCAAAUAUACGGUAAUUAAUACGCACAAAGGUUUGUUUAAAUAUAAUCGUUUGAUUUAUGGUUUAUCCUCGAGUCCAGGCAUUUUCCAAAGGAUUCUGGAACAGAUGUUCGCCGAUUUGCCGAAAGUGGGGGUGUUUCUAGACGAUGUGGUCAUUACGGGUGAAAACGACCAGGAACAUAUAGAAAACCUAUAUAAGGUAUUUGAAAGGCUAGAAAAAUACGGGUUAAAGAUUAAAAAAGAGAAAUGCUCCUUCCUAGCUAAUUCAAUUACCUAUUUAGGUUAUGUAGUGGAUAAAGAGGGACUCCACACCUGCCCUAAGAAGGUUAGGGAUAUAUUGAAUGUAACAACGCCCAGUAACGUGUCCGAAUUACGCUCUUUUCUAGGAAUGGCGAUGUACUAUGCCAAAUUUGUGAAAAAUAUUAGUACUAUACUGACGCCCCUGUAUGAGUUGCUAAAAAAAGAUGUAAAAUUUGAGUGGUCUCAAUCUUGUCAGGAGGCUUUUAAUAAGGUAAAACGUAUGUUGGCUUCCAGUGAGGUGCUGGCCCACUACUCACCAGACCUCCCUCUUAUUUUGACGACGGAUGCGAGCAGCGUGGGUGUGGCCGCUGUGAUAUCACAUAUGUGGCCGGACGGAACGGAGCGCCCAAUAGCCUACGCUUCGAGAGUACUGAACAGCGCGGAGAAGGCAUAUUCACAAAUAGAACGGGAGGGCCUUGCCAUCAUCUAUGGAGUAAAGAAAUUCCACCAAUAUCUGUACGGCCGCAAAUUCAUUUUGAGGACCGACCAUAAGCCGUUGGUGACGAUCUUCGGAGACAAAGCUGGGAUUCCAGCGAUGGCGGCGAGUCGCAUGCAAAGGUGGGCAAUUAUUUUAGGAGGUUAUCAAUAUGAUAUUGAGUACGUACAUACUACUAAAAACGGAGCCGAUGCCUUGUCCCGAUUACCUCCGCACAAGCCCGUAAGUAAUCAGAUCAGCGAAGAAACAACGUAUCUGAAUUUCGUACAGAACUUUUUGCCCAUCACCAGCCAAGACGUCCAAAAAGCGACGGAGAAACAUGUUGUUUUGAGACAAGUACUAAUGUAUAUUAAAGGAGGGUGGCCAUCAUAUUGUACUAGUGAAGAAUUAAAACCAUUUUUCUCCAGAAGGCAGGAACUGUACGUUGAAGGUGGUUGUAUAAUGUGGGGCUAUCGUAUGAUCAUCCCAGAAAAUUUAAGAACGAGCAUUUUAAAGGAAUUGCAUAGUAGUCACCAAGGUAUGGUUAAGAUGAAGAGUGUGGCUCGAAGUUUUGUUUGGUGGCCAAAUAUAGAUCGGGAUAUAGAACAAAUAAGUCGAAGCUGCGUAAUUUGCGCUGUAGAAGCUUCUGCGCCACCUCGAGUUAAGUCUCAACCCUGGCCGUACUACUCGGAACCCUGGAGCAGGCUUCAUGUAGACUUUCUAGGACCCUAUGAAGGAAAAACUUUUUUUAUUUUGAUUGACGCGACUACCAAAUGGAUAGAGGCUUUCUUAAUGGCAAGAACAACUGCAAAGGCGGUAAUUAAGGUGCUACGAGAGACUUUCGCGAGGUUCGGACUGCCAAAAGAGAUCGUGUCAGAUAACGGACCGCCGUUCACGAGUCAAGAGAUGGACGAGUUUAUGAAGUUAAAUGGAAUAACACAUAUAUUUACGGCACCUUACCAACCUGCAUCGAAUGGGGCCGCAGAAGGGGCGGUAAAACUGUGUAAGGGGGCUAUAAAAAAAGCUGUAAGAGAAAAUCAAGACAUAGAAGAAACGUUACAAACAUUCUUACUUAACUAUCGUAACUGUGAACAAGGCACCACGGGCGAAACACCAGCUAUGUUACUACAGAAACGACAGCUUCGUUCUAGACUGGAUCAAUUAAAACCUUCUUGUGCAGUAGAAAAGAUAAUUGGGUAUUUUUGA